AUGGGCGCCGGGGGCCGGCGGGGGGCGGCGGCCGCCCCGCUGCUGCUGGCCGUGGCUGCGCUGCUGGUGGGCGCCGCGGGCCACCUGUAUCCCGGAGAGGUGUGUCCUGGCAUGGACAUUCGCAACAAUCUCACCCGGCUCCACGAGCUGGAGAACUGUUCGGUCAUCGAAGGACAUUUGCAGAUACUGUUGAUGUUCAAAACGAGGCCCGAGGAUUUCCGAGACCUCAGUUUCCCCAAACUCAUCAUGAUCACCGAUUACCUGCUGCUCUUCCGGGUCUAUGGGCUUGAGAGCCUGAAGGACCUGUUCCCCAACCUCACGGUCAUCCGGGGCUCGCGCCUGUUCUUUAACUACGCGCUGGUCAUCUUCGAGAUGGUCCAUCUCAAGGAGCUCGGCCUCUACAACCUGAUGAACAUCACGCGGGGCUCCGUCCGCAUCGAGAAGAACAACGAGCUCUGCUACCUGGCCACCAUCGACUGGUCGCGUAUCCUGGAUUCCGUGGAGGAUAAUUACAUCGUGCUGAACAAAGACGACAACGAGGAGUGUGGGGACAUCUGUCCGGGAUCCGCGAAGGGCAAGACCAACUGCCCUGCCACUGUUAUCAACGGGCAGUUUGUGGAGCGGUGUUGGACUCAUAGCCAUUGCCAAAAAGUUUGCCCGACCAUCUGCAAGUCGCAUGGCUGCACUGCCGAAGGCCUCUGCUGCCACAGUGAGUGCCUGGGCAACUGCUCAGAGCCCGAUGACCCCACCAAGUGCGUGGCCUGCCGCAACUUCUACCUGGAUGGCAGGUGUGUGGAGAGCUGCCCGCCACCCUUCUACCACUUCCAGGACUGGCGCUGCGUGAACUUCAGCUUCUGCCAGGACCUGCACAACAAAUGCAAGAACUCACGGAGGCAGGGCUGCCACCAGUACGUCAUUCACAACAACAAGUGCAUCCCCGAGUGCCCCUCCGGGUACACGAUGAAUUCCAGCAACCUCAUGUGCACCCCAUGCUUGGGACCCUGCCCUAAGGUCUGCCACCUCCUGGAAGGGGAGAAGACUAUCGACUCGGUGACGUCCGCCCAGGAGCUCCGAGGGUGCACCGUCGUCAAUGGGAGUCUGAUCAUCAACAUCCGAGGAGGAAACAAUCUGGCAGCUGAGCUAGAGGCCAACCUCGGCCUCAUUGAGGAGAUUACAGGGUAUCUAAAAAUCCGCCGAUCUUACGCUCUCGUGUCACUUUCUUUCUUCCGGAAGUUACGUGUGAUUCGAGGAGAGACCCUGGAAGUUGGGAACUACUCCUUUUAUGCCUUGGACAACCAGAACCUAAGGCAGCUGUGGGACUGGAGCAAACACAACCUCACCAUCACUCAGGGGAAACUCUUCUUCCACUAUAACCCCAAACUGUGCUUGUCAGAAAUCCACAAGAUGGAAGAAGUUUCUGGAACCAAAGGGCGCCAGGAGAGGAAUGACAUUGCUCUGAAGACCAACGGGGACCAGGCAUCCUGUGAAAACGAGUUACUGAAAUUUUCCGACAUUCGGACGUCUUUUGACAAGAUCUUGCUGAGAUGGGAGCCCUACUGGCCCCCCGACUUCCGUGACCUCCUGGGAUUUAUGCUCUUCUACAAAGAGGCCCCGUAUCAGAAUGUGACGGAGUUCGACGGCCAGGAUGCGUGUGGCUCCAACAGCUGGACGGUGGUGGACCUUGAUCCGCCCCCGAGGUCCAACGACCCCAAGUCGCAAAGCCAGCCCGGUUGGCUCAUGCGGGGCCUCAAGCCCUGGACCCAGUAUGCCAUCUUUGUCAAGACCUUGGUCACCUUUUCUGAUGAGCGCCGGACAUACGGGGCCAAGAGCGACAUCAUCUAUGUCCAAACAGAAGCCACCAAUCCUUCCGUACCCCUGGACCCCAUCUCGGUUUCUAACUCCUCCUCCCAGAUCAUUUUGAAGUGGAAGCCCCCCUCCGACCCCAAUGGCAACAUCACACACUACUUGGUUUCUUGGGAGAGGCAGGCCGAAGACAGUGAGCUGUACGAGCUGGAUUAUUGUCUCAAAGGGUUGAAGCUGCCCUCCCGGACCUGGUCCCCACCCUUCGAGUCUGAGGAGUCUCAGAAGCACAACCAGAGUGAGUACGAGGAGUCGGCCGGCGAAUGCUGCUCCUGCCCGAAGACAGACUCUCAGAUCCUGAAGGAGCUGGAGGAGUCUUCGUUUAGGAAGACGUUUGAGGAUUAUCUGCACAAUGUGGUUUUCGUCCCCAGAAAAACCUCUUCAGGGCCUGGCGCGGAGGACACUAGGCCGUCCCGGAAACGCAGGGCCCUGGGCGACAUCAGGAAUGUGACAGCGGCCACGCCCACGAUUCCGGGUUUCCCUAACGCCUCCUCCACCAGUGCGCCCACCAGCCAGGAGGAGCACAGGCCCUUCGAGAAGGUAGUGAACAAGGAGUCGCUGGUCAUCUCUGGCCUACGGCACUUCACCGGCUAUCGCAUUGAGCUGCAGGCUUGCAACCAAGAUGUCCCAGAGGAAAGGUGCAGCGUGUCGGCCUACGUCAGCGCCAGGACCAUGCCCGAAGCCAAGGCUGACGACAUCAUCGGUCCAGUGACCCACGAAAUCUUUGAGAACAAUGUCGUUCACUUGAUGUGGCAGGAACCCAAGGAACCCAAUGGUCUGAUUGUGCUGUACGAAGUUAGUUAUCGGCGAUACGGCGAUGAGGAGCUGCAUGUCUGUGUCUCCCGCAAGCAUUUUGCCCUGGAGCGGGGCUGCCGGCUACGUGGGCUGUCACCUGGGAACUACAGCGUCCGCGUGAGGGCCACCUCCCUGGCAGGCAACGGCUCCUGGACGGAAGUCACCUAUUUCUACGUGACAGACUAUUUGGAUGUCCCAUCUAAUAUCGCAAAAAUUAUCAUUGGCCCCCUCAUCUUUGUCUUUCUCUUCAGCAUCGUGAUUGGGAGUAUCUAUCUCUUCCUGAGAAAGAGGCAGCCAGAUGGGCCUCUGGGACCGCUGUAUGCUUCUUCUAACCCCGAGUACCUCAGUGCCAGCGAUGUGUUUCCAUGUUCUGUGUACGUGCCGGAUGAGUGGGAGGUGCCCCGGGAGAAGAUCGCCCUCCUGCGAGAGCUGGGGCAGGGGUCCUUCGGCAUGGUGUACGAGGGCAACGCCAGGGACAUCGUCAAAGGUGAGGCCGAGACCCGCGUGGCGGUGAAGACGGUUAACGAGUCAGCCAGCCUCCGGGAGCGGAUUGAGUUCCUGAAUGAAGCCUCGGUCAUGAAGGGCUUCACCUGCCAUCACGUGGUCCGCCUCCUGGGGGUGGUGUCCAAAGGCCAGCCGACCCUGGUGGUGAUGGAAUUGAUGGCCCACGGAGACCUGAAGAGCUACCUCCGUGCGCUGCGGCCCGAGGCUGAGAACAACCCCGGUCGCCCUCCCCCUACUCUGCAAGAGAUGAUUCAGAUGGCGGCGGAGAUCGCAGACGGGAUGGCAUACCUGAAUGCCAAGAAGUUUGUGCACCGGGACCUUGCAGCUCGAAAUUGCAUGGUCGCCCAUGAUUUCACGGUCAAAAUUGGAGACUUUGGAAUGACCAGAGACAUCUAUGAAACGGAUUACUACCGGAAAGGUGGUAAGGGCCUGCUCCCCGUGCGGUGGAUGGCUCCGGAAUCACUAAAGGAUGGAGUCUUCACCACUUCUUCCGAUAUGUGGUCCUUUGGUGUGGUCCUUUGGGAAAUCACCAGCUUGGCAGAACAGCCUUACCAAGGCCUGUCUAACGAACAGGUAUUGAAAUUUGUCAUGGAUGGAGGGUAUCUGGAUCAACCCGACAACUGUCCAGAAAGAGUCACCGACCUGAUGCACAUGUGCUGGCAGUUCAACCCCAAGAUGCGGCCAACCUUCCUGGAGAUCGUCGACCUGCUCAAGGACGACCUGCACCCAAGCUUUCCGGAAGUUUCCUUCUUCCACAGCGAGGAGAACAAAGCUCCUGAGAGUGAGGAUCUGGAGAUGGAGUUUGAAGACAUGGAGAGCAUUCCCCUGGAUCGCUCCUCACACUCCCAGAGGGAUGAGGUGGGGGGCCUGGACAGCAGGUCCUCGCUGGGCCUAAAGCGGAACUACGAGGAGCACAUACCCUACACCCACAUGAACGGGGGCAAGAAAAACGGGCGGAUUCUGCCCCUGCCACGGUCGAAUCCUUCCUAACAGUGCCUGUUGGGGAGGGGCUCCUGUCUCUGCUUUCCUCUGGUGUGAAGGCCUCCAGAAAACUCAGGAUACUCCCAACUCUGCCGCAGUGUCAAACAGAGCUCAGAGAUAAUUACAUACAUUUCUGUGCAUCUUAUGACUUAAAACACAUUUGUUUGAUUGCCAAUUUGACUAGCUGUCAGUGGAUUUAACUGUGAACAUAGAAGGGAAGGAGUUUCCACAGCUGCUGUACUUUUGGCAACUGUGGUUCCAAGCCAGGAUGGAUGUUAUUAUUUUUUUUUUUCUAGUAGAUUGAAAGAAAGGAAGCACCUGUUUUUACCAAGAUUUUUGUUUUUGUUUUUUUGUUUGCUUAUUUGUUUUUGCUGGUGUCUGAGCUACAGUAUAAAACAUAAAACUCAUUUGUGGAACAAAAGUUUGAAAGAAAAAAACCUGUUCCAGUGGAAUUCCAAGCUUUAGAGAGUGCGCUUCAGGGAGGUUUUUCUCAUCCAGGCUGAAGGAUUUUUUUUCUACAGAAUCAGUUUUCUCAAAUUGACCAAUAGCUGCUGCUUUCAUACUUUUUCAUAAGGGUCUGCUGUCCCAGUGUGUGCUUGUGUGCGUGUGUAUGUGUGUGUCCAGUUUACACAUAGCUGAUGUGUGUGUGCCAGGUAUCCAAGCUGGUUUGGCGCUUUCGGGUUGGCUCGUGGAAGUUCUGUUCUUUUUGAGUGUGUGAGCCCAUUUCCCCACUUUCCUUCUUAUUUACUGGGAGAAUGUACCCUUGACAGAUUCUUCUUGUGUCUGAUGUCAAACCUCAGGAGACUCCUCUCCCAUGAUGUUGCUGAAAAAUGUUUUCCGGGAGCCAAGGGAGUAGAUUUGGUUUGGAGUGAUGGAUCUUUUCAAGAUCAAACAAAGCCAAGACAAAAAACAAAAAAACAACUAUGAUGACAGAGUUUUGAGAAUAUAUUUGUGACAUUUAAUGUUUUAAAAUCUUUGGCAUUCAUUUCAUAAGUUAUUGAAUGUUUUCCGGGGGUUGCGGGUUGGUCUGCCUGUGUGGACAGGGGGAGCAAGACAUGAGUGGUGUCUUUGUUUGGUCUUAAAGGCAUCCAUUUUCCGGGAGUAAAGCCACAUUAGCUGCUAGCCCUUUUGGAUGUUGUGAAGCCCCAAUGUGGGUGUAGGUAGACUGAGUUUUACGAAUGGUUUGGUUGGGACAGUGCAUCCUGCUGGAAGGUUCCUGUCCAGUUAAACUGUUGGUGACCUUGAGCCAAACCCUGCCAUCCCCACCUCCUGUGGCUCUGUGGUCUUUUGAUUCCCUGUGUAUAUCUUACACACUUCCUUCCCUGGGUGUACAUUUUCGACAGUUAUUGUGCAAACACAAGAAAAUCAAAUCCCAGAGAGCAGUGACACGGAUGAACUUUGAGAACACUAAGCAAUAUAAAGCAAGAUGCACCAAGAAUGCCUGUCAGUCCCCUCAACUAAUUGGGCCAUCUGAUUGCCCAUCUGGAAGGACUGACCUUCCAGAAGCUGCUUUGCACCCAGGAACCUCAGCUUGUCAGGUGUGGGACCCGAGCAGAACUCUCAGGUUUCCAUGACAUUGCAACCCCCAAGAGAGUGGAGUCUGCAGAAGAAACCAGGAAAGGACCCUCACACCACUCAGAAAUUAUGAAUGGAUAAAUGGGCAUGAAUCUAUGGUUUCUUGUCUUUGGGAAAAGAACCGCAGCUGCUCAAAUACAGAACACAGUGAACUUGUUACUUGGGUUCAUCACAAUCACCCAUGGAUUGCCUCUGAGUGCAUUUUCUCAGCAAAUUUUCAAUUGCUUUCUUCUCUUCUUCUGCUUAAGAGUUGUGGGAUUAAGAACAGGAUAGAGAUGUAAUGUUGAUCUCCAAGCCUUCUCAAUUCUUAAUGAAGAACACAGGUAGACACAAAUCCCAACUGUCUGUUGCUAUCUUAUUUAUAUGAUUUUAGGAAUUAAAGUGUGUAAAAUAUUUCUGGUGAGCAUCAGUGAUUGGAUACAAGAAGCAAGAGUAAAAAAUUAUUUUUGCCAAAUUUAUUUUGUAAAUACUAGAGGGUCUGUACGUAAAUUAUAAAACACGUAGAUCUAGGUAUUUUGUUCUUUUCAUAGUAAAUUUGUAGUGGCCAUAUACUUCAUUAGCAGCAAUUUUCACCUUUUUCUAAUUCAGAAAGGUUUUCUUAUAUUAGGAAAAAAUUAUUUAUUUUAAUAUAUAGAAUCACUGUAAAAUUCACUUUCGUAAAAAAUGGAGUGCAUGUAAAUUUUUAUCAAAGGAAAAUAAACAGGUGGAGUGGGUAAUGAUUUUUUUUUUUUUUUUUUUUCAGCACAGUCUACCUCAGUGUACUAUUAGGGUGUGGUUCAAUAAUGAACAUCUUAAGACUUCAGAAUUCUGCCUGGAUCCUGUCUGAAUCAGAGAAAGUUUAUGUGGGCUGAUUCUGAACAUCUGGGACCAGUAAGAAUUUUGAGGGAGGGAGUCAGGAUGGAGAAGGCAUGGCCUUUUUUGUGAGCACAGAUUGUUUUUCUCCUGGCUGGCAAUAUUCUACUCUGAUUUCAAUCUUCCCGUAUUUUAUCUUAUUUGAUUUUUGAUCCUCCAUCUAUUGACACUGUGCUCCCCACCAUGAGACAAGUUUUGGGCCGUUCAUGAUUUAUCUGAUGUGUGGGGACCCCGGCCUGGUCUACCCUCAUUGGGAGGGUGAGAGACUUGGUGAGAAGUGGGUGCCCCAUCUUCUGCUGGGGCAAGACAGGCCUUGUGUAGAGCAGGCUUUUUUGCUUCCCCACUGUCUCCCUCUAAUGAGCAGCAAGGUGCCCUGUGGUUCUUCAGUGGAUUAUUUCUACUCCUUUCAAGCUGAGGAUGCUCUUUGAGGGGCAAAAUGAAUUGUACUCAUGGGCGCCUCAUACAAAACACUCAAUGCAACAUCCCUUUUAGUCUUUGAGUGGAAAGGAGACAUUUUGAGAAAUCCCAGUCCAAAACACAAUAGCAUGCUUAACACAUCUUUUAAGCAACAAAACCUUGGAUCCCCCUCUUUUGGGUGUGGCUGACCUCAAACUGAUACUAUUUGACCCUUUUGGCUUUGAGGACCACAUGCAAGUUGGGGCAGGGCUGGCAGGGCAUGAUUGACCUCAUUAAACCUUGCUGCUUUUGUUAUAAUUUUAGGCAGGCCCACCAGACUUGUCCUUCUCUACCUGCCCAGGGGAGGAGUAGAGCAGGGAGAGGGGUCCUGCCCUGUGUAUUGGGAUUGUGCCAACUUUAUUGUGCUGUCUCUACAAGCACAGUGAAAAGAGCCAGCAGCUACUGGGUCACAAGCCUCCUUUUGCAUUAGAAAAUGUUGGCUUGGUAACAAUUCAACUUUCAUCCUAUAAGGUCCUGGUUGUUCUGUGGGUUUUUAGCAAUGGGUUAAGAAAAGCAACAAAGCCUUACUCAGGCUGAAGCUUUUUGUUGUUCAUUUUUUGAAAGAUGAUUCACUGUCAUUAAACCCUUUUUCAUUCAUUUGGUGAAAUCCACAUAAUGAUUUCUUCUUCCAGGAGGAAAAUCAUAAACACAUCACUUUCUCCUUGGAUCAAUGAUGUCAAACACACAUCCAAAAAUGUUCGCAUUCUGAGUGUUGUCCUGGGCAUGUCUUUUUAUGGUAGUAGGAAGGGGGAGUGGUGCUGGUUCUCUGGAAAUAGGCUUAGCACAACCGAGAGGAAAUCUGAGAAUUGAAGUAAGAGUCUUUGCUUAGAAUCCUGUUAGCACUGGGGUUCGUGCCACCAACCUGAUGGACAGGUCUUCCACUGUCUCCCACCAGGGUGGACAAUCUGCGAUGAAACUACAUGUUGAGUUGGGAGGUAUUUGCUUGUAGCAUUGUAACACUGGUCUCUGGGCAGGAACCCUGUCAGGGGUUACUCAUGAUGGCCAUUUGGGUAACUGAUUUGAUGUGCUAUAGUCCCAGUUGACAAUCAUUUUUCUAUUUCACGAUGGGAAAGGGGGCAGAAGCUUGGGGUUAAUUGUCUUUUAGAUGCCACCUUGUGUGUCCUUGGACACCUCAAAUUCUUUAUUGUUUAUGUUAGGGGCAGGAAAAGGGGGAUGCUGAUUUCAUAAAAUUGCAUGUAGAGUGGUACCACUUCAGAAAACCUUCCAGAAUGUUCUUCACAAUAUUGAUUUAAACCAGGGGUAAGGAUUGGAAUGGAAAGAACAAAUCAAAAUUGAACCGAAAACAUGUGAUGAACUUUCAGGGGCUGUGACUAAAAGCGAAUGUUUCCUUAGGGGUUCCCCAGAAAAGAGGGAAAUGAGUUUGAGCUCAGUGUCACCUUCUGAUACCAGCUAAGGCCUGAAACCAGGCUCUAGCCACAUUUUUGAGGAGGUGUGAGCCAUUACAAUCCUUGUUAAAAAGCAGAUCAUGGAGCUGGGGCUCCUGGUCCUGUAUCAGAAGGAAGGAAUAGCCCAGAAAUGAGUGUGUCCUCAUACACAUUCAUUCAGGUGAGGCUCAGUUUAGUCUUUACACAGACUUUGUGUCAAAGUUGCUGCUCCUUGCUUUUUCAUGUGCCUGGGUGGCCUCGGUUCUGUGUCUGCAGACACCUCCUGACAAUAUUACUUGGGUCUUGCUUUCCUCCCUCUGCAGUCAGCAGAGCAGGGAAAAUAUGCUGUGGCUUACUAUGAAAACAACUCAGAAACACAGAACCCACAGAAAGCUCAAUGAUUAUUUUUUCAACGUUUUCCUACAAGAGCCAAGUAGUGACCUGUACAGAAAAUACUUUUUUGGAGUAUUGAAAUUGUUCCACAUGUAAAAUAUUGGAUAAUUACCUGUUUAUAUUAAAAUUCUGAAUAAAUUAUCUGAGAAUUCUC